AUGCCCAAUAAAUUCACAUGCGCAUACGACAGACUUCUAAGCAAGAUCAAGAAGAAUGUGCCCACUUCUGAUCUAUAUUACACAACUACUACCAUAACGAGUGCAUUGAAACAGAAAAAGAAGAGGAAAGAGUUGAAAUACGAAAUUACUACCUCAAAAUACGCAGAUUAUUUGAACUUGAAUAGAAAGACAAGAGAAUACUUCAAUUCGGUAUUGAAACAAGGCAGCAACGACUACUUCAUGGAUCAGCUAAGCAAAACGUGUUUGAAUGGCCUGAUAAUUGAAGUCAAAUUGACUGGUAAGGUGACAGAGGGUAUUAUAAUUCAUGAAGGAAGAAACACGGUCUAUUUUGUUACAAAAAUGAACAAGGUCAAAGAGUUCAACAAGAAGAACAAGAAUUUUAUUGUAAAGAUAGAAAACAGAAGAUAUUUGAUGAUUGGAAGCAACCUGAAGCACAAUCGUUUCUAA